AUGACAUGUCGAUCCUAUCACUGUGACACAACAACAAGAACCGUAUUGAAAUCUCUCUGCUUGUUGAUUGGUCUUCUCAUUCUCUACUCAAACAUUGCAAAUGGAUUGGAAAGUUGGCACAAUAAUUGUCAAGUGAUUGACACUUUAAAUACUAUUAGAAACAGCAGUAUUGGCAAUACGAUGAUUAAUUAUACCCAUUACUUGAUAUCAACUCCAUGGACAGAGUCCAUGAAUCGGUGGAGUUGUAAUGCUCUUCCGAAUCUGUUCUUUGAUGAUGGCUUUGAAGGAAUUUUAGUGGGAGAAUACAGCAUUGUAAAAAACAAUCCGAAUGAAAGGUCCUACUGUCAGACGUUUCAGAAAAAUUCAUAUCUCUUACUUCAAUACGAAAAAUCUAUUCCUUAUUUCACCAAUACAACGGUCAUGCAACGUUUUGUGAAUGAUUAUUUAGAAUUAAUGUUGUUUGUGAAUGUUUCUGAAAGUGUCAUUCAAAAACGUAGAGAUUUUGCAUUUUCUGACAAGUGGAACGUUGUAAUUCCAAAGCAACAACUUAAUUCUUCGUACGCUCUUUCCAUGAUUGAUUUUGUUCAUUCUUUCAAUUACUUAAUGUACUGUCAAGAGAAUAAUUCUUAUUUUGAAUUGUUUCAUCGAGAAUGGUUACCAAACAUUGUCAAAUUAAGCUCGUUGCAACCCAUUCAAACUUUGGAUUUCGUAUAUGGGCUGAAUGUGAACGAAUUAUGUGGUAAUACUGGAGUAUAUCCAUUUUCAAUACUUCACAACACACUUCUUUGUGUGUGUUCUGUGAAUGGAGUCGAAACUAUUGUCUCCUCAGUGAAUUGUCAAGACAGUUAUGUCACUUUUUGGGUUCCACUCGCUACUCAUGCUUCUUUGAAGGCAAUUGAAUUUUCAUUUCAUUUCAUUCAAUUUUUGGCCAUAACAAUUCUAGUAGCUAUUCCCAUUGCGUUUAGAUAUGUCAAAAAAUGGAAUGAAUUCUUGAGUCGUCUCCACAACAAAGUUCAAAUAUUGAGAGCUGAAAAUAAUAGUAAGGUAACUUCUCCUACAUGCACUCCAGCGUCUCCUUCCUCAACUCCGAUUAUACUUUCCGUUAAACCCAAGAGGGACUUUACAUGGUUGUAUGAUGCAAUUCGAGCCUUAUGUGACAUCAAAACUAUGAGUAUGAUUUGCUCCAUGUUGUCACAAAUUUUGAUCAUCAUGAAUGCCUUCCUGUAUUUGAUACUCCCUGGAAAUGCGUAUUAUGGGAAUUAUAACUUAACCUUAGUGGUGGCAGCUGUCACCUUUCUGUGCACAGGAAAUAUUCCGCUUGCUGUGACCUUCUAUGAAAUCUUGUUAGAAUUAUCAUUUGAACGGAAGAAAAUUUCAAUUGUUGGAUUAGUAACUGUCACUAUUGUUUUCACAAGUCUCUUUGUAGUACUAUCUGCAACUUUCAUUUCCACUGCUGCGUCAAAAUCCAUUCAAGGCUAUGUUAGAAUUGGAACUAUUCCAAUAUCGUUUGUUGUACUACUUGCUUCUUGGACUGUUCUCUUUGGAUAUUCAUGUAAAAUCUACUUGUUGAUUAGAAAGAAUCGAAAGGUCAAUUUUCUCAAAUUCAAGUUCACUCAUUACCUUAUUUAUCUUGUAUUUCCUCUUCUCUUUCUAGUGUAUGAAAUCGUCUCAGAAGUUUCAUAUGAAUCGGGUAUCUAUCAGGUCGAUGUGCUUUGGACUAUUCUCUUCAAGCAACGAAUAGCAUGUUAUAUCAUUGGAGCAACUUUGGCAGGAAUGAAUUACGUGUUGUUUUCGAGUCAACAUUUCACGAGUACUCUGUGGAUGCUUGAACUCACAACAAGCAUUGUGUUGCUAAGCAGCAGUAGCAGCAUUCAGGCACAACACCAAGAACAAUGGAAACAAAAUUGUUCCCUUCUGAAUACCUUGUCUCUCCUUCAUCAAAAUUCUUCUUCAGUUUCAUCAGGAGCAACAAGUGGAAUAAACAUCAGCAGCAAUAUUCCAAUUCUCAACUACACUUCGCUCAUCAUACAACAUUGGAAUGAAUGGAGUUGCAACUCUGUGCCCAGUAUGUUCUUCAGCGCAGCCCGAGGUUUUAAUGGUGUUUUUGCUUUGGACGGCAAGUAUACCAUCGUCACUGCUGCUGACGAACGCUCACCUUCGUCUUUGACUUUUUGCCAAACGAUUCGUCAAGCCAAUACAAAUCCCAGCUACAAAUAUGACAGAAUAUUUCCUCAAUUUGGAAACAAUCAAAGUAUGAUCACAGGAUUUGUUGAAAAUUAUUUGGAGAGAUUAAUGGUCAAUGAUCCAGAGAGUAUUGUUCGUCAACCCAGUGAGUUUAUCCAAAAUGGAAGAAAGAAAUUCAUUCUAAGAGAUGGGGACUUGGACAUUAUAUUCAUGGAUUUGAUCAAUGCCUUCAAUUAUUUGAUGUAUUGCAGAGAGAAUAACUCGUAUUUUGAGGUUUUCCACACUCAAUGGUUGCCAGCAAUGGUUUCACGAAGCUCUGUGAAACAAGUUCAAACAUUGGAUAUUCUGUUUGGGCAAAAUGUGUUGGAAUUGUGUGGAGACGAGGAUACGAUGGGCUUUCCUACUCUGACGUUGUUGUGUUUAUGUUCAGUGAAUGGAAAGACCGUAUUCUCCUCAAUGAACUGCAGAGACAGUUAUGUAACAUUUUGGGUUCCUCUUGCUUCACACAUUUCGUUGAAAAUUAUUGAGUUUUCUUUUCACUUCAUUCAAUUGAUCAUCAUUACCAUACUUGUUGCUAUUCCUGUCAUUGUGAAAUAUGUGAGAAAAUGGAAGGAAUUUGUGAAAGUGUGGAGAGUGGGAAGAGCUAUCAAGGCUCAAUCACCACCAUCCAAUGACGUGGAUAUUGUCUCUCCGUCCAAUGCUUCGAUAACCAAGCCAUCCUAUGAAGUUUGCUUUGGAUUCAUCAGAACUUUGUGUGGAAUUAGGCUAAUGGUCAUGACGUGUGUCAUGAUUGCAGAGAUUUUAAUCACUCUGAACUCGUUGCUGUUCUUUGUACUACCUAGCAAUGCAAUUUUUGGAGAUUACAACUUGACACUAAUUGUUGCUGCAACAUGCUUUCUUUGUGUGGGCCAUUUUCCAUUAGCUGUCACUUUUUACGAAAUUCUAUUGAAAUUGAAUCAUGACAAGAAAAAGUUGUCAAUGCUAGGAUUAGCCACUACUACGUUGGUAUUUUCGAUUUUGUUUGGAAUUAUGAGCGCAUUUUUCAUUGCUUCAGCAAUUUCGUCAUUCGUGCAAGGCUAUAUUAGGGUUGCCACCAUUCCAAUUGCUCUGGUGUUUCUCAUAAUUUCAUGGAGUGUUCUUUUCGGAUACUCAAUGAAAAUAUACUUGUUAAUUAGAAAGCAUAGAAAAGUGAAUUUUCUCCAAUUUAAGUUCACAAAAUAUUUGAUAUUCUUAAUCUUUCCGAUACUCUAUUUGGCAUAUGAAAUCAUUGCUGAAAUUCUCUACGCAGCGGCAGUAUAUGAUGUUGAUAAUUUGUUUACAUCUCUUUUCAGGCAGCGUGUAGGAUGUUAUGUCAUUGGUUUCACAAUCAUCGGAGUGAAUUAUGUGUUAUUUUCAAUGCGAGAUUUCAAGUUAACCUAUUCUCCCGUUGUGAAAAGAUGUUGCCCUGAGCUCUAUGCUAGAAAUUUUGAAAAACAACAACGCACUUCAAUGUAG